AUGUUAUUAAACUGGAAUCUCUCUGGGUGUAUGAUUUUCAAGAAUAUUACCAAUUACUACCCACUUCAGAGACAAUACGAAGAAGAGCAUCCUUACAGUCCGAUUCCGGUGCUUCUAAACGACGUCUUCUUCGCCGUUCACGCUUUGAUUGCGUGUGUUUUUACUGCGGCUCAGUGCUUUUUCUACGAGCGUGGAAAUCAACGGGUUUCAUUUACUUGCCUCGCCAUCUCGGCCACCAUGAUCAUGGCAGCUUUUGGCGGUGGCGUUAUCACCAGCCUCGGCGUCAUCAAUAUGCUGUAUUUUGUCACAGGCUUAUCCUACAUUAAGAUGAUCGUUACUCUUCUCAAAUACAUCCCUCAGGCGAUGCAGAACUUCCGUCGAAAGAGCACCACUGGUUGGUCAAUCGGAAACGUGCUCCUCGACUUUACUGGGGGGUGUCUCGACAUCUUACAGAUGUGCUUACAGUGCUGGAAUGUAUCCGACUGGUCAGCGUUCUACGGAAACCCUGUGAAGUUCGGCUUGGGUCUCGUCUCUACGUUGUUCGACAUCCUAUUCAUGACGCAGCACUAUGUAUUGUAUCGAAACAAUGAGCAAUUACUAGCAUUUGAAAAGUCGAACCAACUCACGAUGGGCAAUAGUGAAACAGACAAAUUCAGGGACGCUGAGGAAGAUAACGGUGGGCGAAAUAGCAGUAGCAAAAGUAGUCAUAGGUAG